CCAUUGCGAGUGACGACAUUCAUACUAUUGCGCAUGUCCGCGCUGGUUGUUGUCAGCGGUGGUUAUGGAGAUGGGAUGGGACUACGAGCUGUCAACGUUACGGUGAUGUUUGUGUGUCCAUUGGAGGGAUGCCCAGAAAGAUAGGAUUCAUUGUGGUCAACUCUUCAAGUCAUGAGGACAACUUCAGUGCCAAGGAGCUCAUGGUCCAUGCACCCACAGUCAAUGGCUGGAGAUCCAGCAGGCUGUGCUCCUACCCUCAGCACAUCACCCUCCAGCUGGUGGAGAGAAGUAGAGUGAGGAAACUGCAGCUGCUGGCCCACCAGUACUUGAUUCCAGCAAAGGUGGAGUUCCACAUUGGAGACACCCUGCCUGAAACCAGCACAUCAGGUUUCCCUGGGCAGCUUCGCAGACUUGGGUACGUGUCUUUGUCGGACAAUGAGAAGACAGGCUUCAAAGCUCGGGAGCUGAAAUCAGUCCAUGUAGAUGCCAUCGGAACAUACCUGAGAAUAACCUUCCAUAGGAGCCAUGUCAACCAUUAUAAUCACCACAAUCAGGUUGCUUUGGUUGCCAUUAAUGUUCUGGGAGAUUCUUUGGAUGGCAAUGCUUUUAACACUAUUCCAAGCAGAGAGCAGCUGAUCGAACACUACCUCAACAGUACCCAGCUGGACGCCGCCUUGGACUCGACCUUCAUGGGAGACGGUUCACCUCAGGGUCUCACUUCUUGGGGUAAAUGUGAGUCUAUUUCUCCCUUGGACGACCUGGCCUUCGACAUGUACCAGGACCCUGAAGUUGCCCACAUCAUCCGACUCCUGGACCAAAAGAAGCAGGACAUGGUCAGGCAGGAGAAAUAUGAGCAGGCUAAGAAUCUGAAGCAGGCCAUUGCAGACCUGCAAAAGGUGGGGGAACGUUUGGCUCGAUAUGAUGUGGAGAAGCGAUGUGCAAUCGAAAAGGAAGACUAUGACCUGGCCAAAAAGAAAAAGGAGCUGAUGGAGGAGUACAGGAGGAGCGUCUACCAGCAGCUGGAAGUCCACAACCUGCUGGAUAUGGCAAUGAUAACACAGGCUGCAGAUUCAUCCCCAGCCCUAGAUCCUCCCUCCCUUCUACCUUCUCCAGGUCAUUGUUCAGUCCCCACCAAGCCCCUUGUGUCCACAGAGACAUUCAGGAAGGGGAAAAAAACAAACGCUCCUCAUAACAAACAAUCAGACGCGGAAAAUGUUCUGCCCAACCUAAGCAGCCAGCCUGACACACUGUGCAGCCCUGCUCUACCUAAGAUAGAUGGUACCAGUGUGCAUUAUGAUGAGAGGCCGCUACCAGCCCUUCAGGGGAAAGAAUGGCCUGUAGAGGCCACUCUGAGCCCUGCAGAGCAGCUCUCCCACCAACCUGACGCCCAAAGGACUCCACACAGCCCGGAGAUAAGCGGAGAGCCAGAGCCCCUGACAGAGAAGGCCCAGCGAGAGGCUGGCCUUCCAAUAGAAGUCUUUGGAGAAAGCCUGGUGGCUGGAGUGUAUUCUAAAACCUGGUCCUACAGAGAGGAUGCUCUCCUGGCUGUGUACAAGAAGCUUUCAGAGUUAUUACCCACCAUCCCCAAGGAGGAGCUAAGAAACAUGAUAAGAGCUGCAGUCUUUCUGGUCAAGAAGGCCCUUCUGGAUAAAGUAUCAUCCGUUUUCCACGCCUCCCUGAAGUUGCUGCAGCUACUGCUGAGCACGCUAAUCCUAGGUCUGGGGCUGGGCCGAGCAGAACUGACCCACUGUAUAGAUCAGACUUGGCCCAACCUGCUGGCCAGGACUGGAGACUCAGCCAGCCGCCUCCGGGUCAUGGCCAUGGCCUUCAUACAGGAAAUUGCUGUUUUGAAAGAUGUACGCACCCUGCAAGUAAUUCCUGGCGAGUUGGUGAAGCCCUUCAAAUCCAACUUUCCCUCUCGUCUGGCUCAGAGUCGGGCCGAGCUGCUUGAAAAGCUACUCGCUGAACUGGGUACUGAGAACUCUGGCUUCACCCUGGACAAUGUCAUGAUGUUCUGUACAGCAGCUUUGGAGCACAAUACACCAGCGGUGCGAGAGCUGGCAGUGCGCGUCAUAUUAUCCAUGUACCAGCAGCACGGAGCUGCUGUUCUCCGCUACUUUCCACCCAACGAUGCUGCUGCGCGGAACAACUUUCUCUACAAAACCCUCUUUGAUGGCUUUGCCAAGAUUGAUGGAAAGCUGGUGGACACUCAGACUCUAAAGAAGGGAGGUGGACAGCCGGAUGGGCAAAAAGAGAAGGAGGAGAUCCACUCUCUUCAGGAGCAGCUGGCUGCCUUAAAAGAGAUCACAGAGAGAGGAAAUGACGACACCAAAGGACAUGUUACCAAGAAAGAACCUCCCAUAGUUGAGUCCCAAAAAGCUGCCAAAACAACUGUCACAAAAGUGCCGCAGAACAAGAUAACGGACAGUAUUGACGUCCAAAAAUCUAUCAACUAUCUGGACAACUUGUGUAUAUUCUGCGGUAAAAAGGAUGAAUCAUUCACAGAGGAUGGAUUGGACCUUCACUACUGGAAACACUGUCCUAUGCUGAAACGCUGCGAUGAAUGUAGACAGGUAGUCGAGAUAGCCAGCCUCACGGAGCACCUACUGGGUGAAUGUGAAAGCAGGUCCAAGUUCAGCCAGUGCCCACGCUGCUCAGAGGCCGUGCCCACUGAAGAUCUGACUCGCCAUCUCCAGGGUCCCGCCUGCAACCCCUCUACCUCAGGUAAAGGCUCCAACCACUGUCCUUUGUGUCACAACAACUUCAUGCCUGGAGAGAAGGCCUGGAAGGCUCACCUCAUGGCCAGGGAGGGCUGUAAACAAAACUCACGCAGGACUGCGGUGUCCCAGAGAACCCAGCCAGCACAAGGCAGGGCUGUUGGUGGAGCCAAGCUGAUGCAGGCCUGGUCGGUCAGGGCCAGAGCCAUGGGCCGAGGCAGCCGGAUCCCAGCCCUGGCACCCCUGGCCAGAGGACAUACACCAGGGAAGCACUGAAAGUGGUUCGAAGCACCCAGGGGAGAUGCAGUAAGGAGAGGAGAGGAAGAAUGAGGUUACCAGAAUAACGCUUUCAUUCCUUGGCAACACUCCAGCAUCCUAAAGCCAAGGACAACCUGAGUCUAUCUUCACGCUUUGCCAUCUGUUUACAUUUAACUUUUCAUUUCUUGUAGUAUAGAAUUGAUAUUGAAGGAAUGAAGUAGCACUUUGCCAAAUAGAUGAUGCUGAAUUUUCAGUACAGUAUGGACCUAAUGUAUUUUCCUGCUUAACGCCUAUUGACAAUCUUAAGUAGAUAGCACAGUUUUAUAUGCUCUAUAAGUCCAGUGAGAGAGUCAUCGUAGACAGAAUCAUUCGAAAACAAUGGAGAUGAAUGUACUGUACACAGUAGAAUUUGUGUAGCACCUAUUUUUCAUAAACUUGAUUUCUGCUGAAUAUGACUGAGACUGACCCCAACCAACAGUUUUAAGCACUUCAGUGGCUUUAAACUGAUUCAAUCACAAAAUAGAAUUUGACAAUAAUUUGCUAGAUUUAUAAGAAAUGCUAUCUUUUUCCUACUUGUAUAUUGUACUGCACAGUGUUAUGAUGAGGUUGAUUGUAAAUAUGUGUGAUUCAUCCACAGCCGAAAAGAACUCAAAUAUCAGAGGUGUUUUGAAUAUUCUUUUUCAAAUUGUGAUAUUAGUAGGUUAAAUGUUUUACUGAUUUGUAGGAUAACACUGUUAUAUUAUUGAACAAACAACUUCAGGAUAGUUGAAAUAUAAGAGAGUAUGUUUAGUUUUAACUUCCCAAUCCAUCACGUUGGUUUUAAUGUGCUUCUGUAUUACGGACUAUUGCAUCAGUGGAUGUUUUUCAUGUUUUUAUGUGCAUAGUAGACAGUAUUUUCUUAAUAAUAAUUAUGGCAUCAAACGGCUAUUUUUUCUGCAAAAGUAUCUGUAUUUGUUUAAAUAAAGCCACAUUAAGCUGAACAUUGCAGCUUUCUGAU